AUGUCUGACAGCCGACUUUUGGAUUGGACAGACGGCAGGGAUACCGAUUUUGACGCAUUAAUAUUCGGCCCAAACCACCAAUCCAUCGCUCAUUCUCCACAGCCAUACCCAUAUGACUACGACGCGGCAGAUCAAGCUUUGCCUUGUCCACUUUCAGGACUUUCAGAACAUAAAUAUCAUGGAGUGCCGUUCGCAAACCAGCUGGGAGGGACUGAACGAGAUCUAUAUUCAUUUAACGCUAGACACCGAUACUACCCAAUCACAUCGAAUCCGGUACUCGACACUGCUUCUAGCAUGUCAACCGUCGACAGUAAAACGCCGCCGUCGAGUGUGCUCUCCGUGGAGCUCAUACCUAAGGAGCCAAGGAAAACGGGCACGGAGCCGAAAACGAAGCCAAUAACGAAGAAACAGAACCCGCGUUUCGAAAAGCCAGCCCGGGCCGUGCCUAGGACCAGAGGACAGUCCGCCUGCAAGGCAAAUAACAAUCAAACCAAAGAACCGAAGGAGACGACAACAAAGAAUCGGCGCGAAGGAGCAGUCGAACGAAACCGAGUCACCGCUUCCAAUUGUCGAAAACGCAAGAAGCAGUGGACUGAAAACCUAGAGGAGAAGAAAUCUGGGCUGGAAGCUAUCCAUGGUGAUCUCCAGGCAGAAUACAUGAACCUUCUUCAAGAGUCGUCUCAGCUGAAAAACUUGCUCAUAAGCCAUGCCAGCUGCCAGCACCCAGAUAUUGACAUUUGGAUCAAGAACGAGGCUUCAAAAUACGUUCACAACUUACACAGUCCGCAGAGUGUGAAUAUUCUAUGCUCUGUGCCAAGUCUAGACGAAAAUGGGUCCACGGCACGAUAUUCAACGACUAUCAGCCCAGCCACUGGUUCUCAUGGAUCACGAAGCCAGGACCUGAUCAGCAACGACUUUUUGGACGAAAAGGAUGGUUUCGAGGACGAUGUGGAAGACUGA